ACUACUAUAUAACAAAUAAUUUGAGGAUGUCCAAGACUGUAAAAUUAGUCUCUCAAAGUAAAUGUUAUGGAGGACUUCAAUGUGUCUAUGAACAUGAGAGCUCCAUCUUGAAAUGCACAAUGAAGUUUGGAGUCUAUCUGCCACCACAACAUGAGAAAAAAAAGAAUCUUCCGAUAGUUUACUACCUUUCUGGACUGACCUGCACUGAACAAAACUAUAUCAUGAAGAGUGGUUUCCAACGGUACGCAGCUAAGCACGGUAUUGUCGUGGUUAACCCGGACACGAGCCCUCGUGGUUUUGACCUGGCGGGAGAACACGAGAGUUACGACUUUGGGUCCGGAGCUGGAUUCUACGUCAACGCUACUGAGGAACCCUGGAAAACAAAUUAUAGGAUGUACUCUUAUGUUACGGGAGAGAUGCCAACAGUGGUUCAAAGUAACUUCAAUGUUAACGUUGGAAGGAGUGCAAUCUCAGGACACAGUAUGGGAGGACACGGAGCUCUGAUCGCUGCUCUGAGGAACCCCGGAAAAUACAAGUGUUGCUCGGUGUUUGCUCCCAUCUCCAAUCCCUCAGAAUGUCCCUGGGGAACGAAAGCAUUUUCCGGAUAUCUCGGAGACAACAAAUCAGCCUGGAAGAAUAAUCCAGUGUACACAUCAGAUCAAUACGACGCAACCUUUACUGCAAAGGAGUAUGAUGGCCCGAAGUUGGAAAUCCUUUUGGACCAGGGCGAAGAUGAUCCUUAUUUGAACGACAAGCAACUAUUGCCGGAAAACUUCGCUAACGCUUGCAGCGGCAACAAACUUAUCAACCUCAACUUCAGGAUGCACCCGGGGUAUGAUCACGGAUAUUUCUUCAUAAUGAGUUUCAUGGAAGAUCACUUCAACUUCAUGGCAAAGCACAUUUGUUAGCGAAUCCUCUCUCAUAAUACGAGUUCUCUGAUGAUACCGACCGGAAAUUGGGCCGCCAGUAGGAAGGCAUGGAAAUUAAAGGACCUGAUUUAUGUAUUUGAAUUUUUGAGCGGUUUUAACUUUUUUUAAUUCUAUUUUUGGCUGAGUUUAUUAUUUUUGGAAAGCUGGUUUGUUUGUCAAGGCAUUCAAUUUCAAAUUUUUCAAUCUGACUUUUCUAUUAUAUCUAAACGUCCUCGUUCCUAAAUUCUUCCAUUAAAAUUAAAAGUUAAAGAUAAUUUUGCGAAGCAAGUUAACCCGGUAUAUAUUAGCUAGUAAGUAGAUGUUGAAUUUAUUGUAUCUGAUAUUAAAAAACGUUUUUGAUAAAAACUGUCUCCCCCUUUACUUCUAAUUAUGCUGGUGAUUUGAGUAGCAUGACGAUGAU